AUGGGAACUUCUUCAGGAACCUGCUAAGAAAAGCAGAAGUAUAAUCUACGGCCCUGACCUCUCAAGAGAUUAGAGAUUCAGUGUUUUGACAAAGCUGCUUACCUGGGACUGUCCAGUGCAGCCACCUUGUCACAUUUACAGAGCCUUUACCCUGAGGAGUUUCUCAGCAGAAAUCUAGUACAGUACCAAGUGGGGCUGCAUUUGGGCCAGGGAGGAGUUGAUAGAUAGGAAAAAUGAGAAGUCCUCUGUUUAAGGACCUGUGAUGUUUAGUACAUACACAUGCACAUAAAACAUACAUUUAAUUUUUUUUUUUUUUUAACAUUUUACCAGUGGGGGCCAGUGGGGAGAAGAGAGAACCAUUAGGUAAGUAUGAGGGAAAUUAUUUUUUCUAUGGGCAGCCUUCAUAAAAGCCAGUGAAAAGGUACUCAGUGCUAAGUAUGUAAUUUUUAAAUUAGUCUUCUUUUACCUGACACAAAAACUUCUUCAGCGGGCAUCGGGGCGCGAGGGGAGAGGCUGAGAGGCUAAAGGGGAGAAGAGGGGGAGAACUACGCAUCAAAUCAUGUAUGUUUUUUUCUUAAAAUUGGAAGGGUGAGCAAAUACGGUGAUUGUUGUAGCGGGCAGAGCAGCACUUACGUUGCUCUUGGCAAACUCUGCUUGGUUCAGCCGGAGGGCAAGGUGGUGCUUGCCUGGGUCAGAACUUUCCCACCCUGCUGCGCCAGCGUGGCCUUGUAGAGUGGACAGCAUCCCCCGCCUGCUGACCCCAGUCUCUGCUUCUCCCACAGGAUGAGGGAGUGGUGGGUCCAGGUGGGGUUGCUGGCUGUGCCCCUGCUGGCAGCCUACCUGCACAUCCCGCCCCCUCAGCUUUCCCCUGCUCUUCACUCGUGGAAGUCCUCAGGCAAAUUUUUCACCUACAAGGGACUGCACAUCUUCUACCAAGACUCCAUGGGUGUGGUCGGAAGUCCGGAGAUAGUUGUGCUCCUCCAUGGCUUUCCCACCUCCAGCUACGACUGGUACAAGAUUUGGGAAGGUCUGACCCUGAGGUUUCAUCGAGUAAUUGCCCUUGAUUUCUUAGGCUUUGGCUUCAGUGACAAACCGCGACCACACCACUACUCCAUAUUUGAGCAGGCCAGCAUUGUGGAGGCGCUUCUGCGGCACCUGGGGCUCCAGAACCGUAGGAUCAACCUCCUGUCUCAUGACUACGGAGACACUGUGGCUCAGGAGCUGCUGUAUAGGUACAAGCAAAAUCGAUCUGGGCGGCUUACCAUAAAGAGUCUCUGCCUGUCAAAUGGAGGUAUUUUUCCUGAGACUCACCGUCCUCUCCUUCUCCAGAAGCUUCUUAAAGAUGGAGGCGUGCUGUCACCCAUCCUCACACGUUUGAUGAACUUCUUUGUAUUCUCUCGAGGUCUCACCCCGGUCUUUGGGCCCUACACUCGGCCCUCUGAGAGUGAGCUGUGGGACAUGUGGGCAGGAAUACGCAACAAUGACGGGAACUUAGUCAUUGACAGUCUCCUACAGUACAUCAAUCAGAGGAAGAAGUUUAGAAGACGCUGGGUGGGAGCCCUUGCCUCUGUAUCUAUUCCCAUUCAUUUUAUCUAUGGGCCAUUGGAUCCCGUAAAUCCCUACCCGGAGUUUUUGGAGCUGUACAGGAAAACGCUGCCGCGGUCCACAGUGUCGAUUCUGGAUGACCACAUUAGCCACUACCCACAGCUAGAGGAUCCCAUGGGCUUCUUGAAUGCAUAUAUGGGCUUCAUCAACUCCUUCUGAGCUGGAAAGAGUAGCUUCCCUGUAUUACCUUCCCUAAUCCCUAUCUGUUGUGUAUAUUCCACUUAGAAGCGAUGCCCAAAAGAGGUCCUGGCCACUAAACACUUUUCUCUCACAAAAGUCCACUUUACUCACAUUGGUGAACAGAGUAUAGCAAAAAGCCAGCAGACGCUCCGACUAAGGGUUGACCUGACAUUCCGCCUCCCCAUUCCCUUGACAUCUGAUCAAGUGUAUGGAUUUGACUUUGUCUUUUGUGUUAUUAGGAAAUUCUGAUGGGUACAACUAUUCCCUGACGCAGUCAGUAGGAGAGGCAGACAUUCCUUUUCAUGAAAGAUUUUUUUAACAGUCUAUGAGCUUUUCUGAAAUAUUUAGAGAUGCUGACUUCUGGUCCCGCCCUAAUUGGAAUCAUAAAGAAUGAGAAGGGGCCUUACCUCUCCCUGAGCGGCUUUAGGGGCGCGCGCUUUUAGCGUCUCUGAGCCCCACCGCUUCAGCACGACUCUCCCUUAGCGUGACUUCGAAUUUAGUUUCAUUAGCUGCUUCUAAUCACAGACAUUUUGUUACGAUGGAUUUUAGUUUAAAUAAUAUAGCAUUUAGCAUAUGCUUUAAGACUAUGAUUUAUCCACAUGUAUACACAUAUUUUAUAAGGGUACUAAACCAGCAGAUACUUACUGUGGUAGAAUAGUGAACCUUAGUAAACAUGUUUAAAUUCUAAAUAAAUUGAACGAAAUCUGAACUAAACCCAAACUAUUUUCAGAAUUUCCUAAAAUCACAAGACAUGACUGACUAAUAGCAUCUGUGCCAGAGAUUUACUGUUAUUCGCUGGAAAGCCCAAUUCUAACAGCAUGGAACAGCCCAACUAUUCCUGCCUAAGUGCUCCUGAGCCUCAGUGGAGGGGAGGGGAUCAUGGUGUGUCCCAGUCACCACGCUGAAUGUACAUUGACUCCUUUGAUGAUGAUUGUUUAACUUCUCAUUGGUUGUCCCAGAGAGGCUUUCUCAUGUAGCUCAGCAAUUCCUGUGCUUUACAGACAGGAAAGUUCCAGAAAUUUUUAAGAACAAAUUCUGAAAUACUUUUGAGCAAAUGGUGCUGGAUACUUUUUUUUUUUAAGGCACAGUUUCAUUGUCUUAGUCAAAACAAGAUUAAGUGAUUAUUUUAAAUUCUUUUUUUUUUUUUUAUUAGCAGCUUCAAUAUAACAAUGAAAGUGGAAUCAGUGUUUAUUUUCUAUUAAUAAAAAUGAAUUUUGACAAAA